CAAUAAUGUACCAAGCCUAUAGAUUAUAGAAGUUUCCAAAAGUCUGGAGUAUAAACCGCCUUGCAACAAUCUAUAUAGUUACGUGUUUUUCAUACUCUUUCCAUACGUAAUUGAGCCACCACACCAGACACCAGACACCAGGUAAGUUGUUCGAUCAAUUUAAUGGGAAAGCGUAAGUCGAGGUCAAAGCCAGCACCAAAAAAGAUAAUGGACAAACUUGAUACUUGUUUUACUUGCCCUUUCUGCAACAAUACUAGUGGUGUUGAAUGUUUCAUUAAUAUGAAGAACUUGGUAGGUGAAGCUUCCUGUCGCAUUUGCUCGGAAAAGUAUAGCACUGUUGCUACAGCUUUAACAGAGCCUAUAGACAUUUACAGCGAAUGGAUUGAUGAAUGUGCACGCGUCAAUGGCGUUGAGGAUGAAGAAGCUGAGAAGAAUGUGCAUUCGUCACGUACUCGUCGCCGGAUUGACGGAGUUAUCUCAACCUUUUAGGAAUAUCAAUCCAUUGAAUUAAUUGAACCAUCUUUAUUUAAUCUAUAAUAAUUCUCGUACAUGUAAAUAUUACAUUUAUUAUUCA